AUGGCCAGUGACGAGGCCGGCGGCGGUGAUUUCACCGGAAAUGGGUUCCGGUUCGAAGAGAAGAAAAAGAGAAGGGGGGCUGGAGUCAGUUUUGCAGCACCAGCAAGUAGGGUUCUGGUAACUGCUCGAAGUAAGACUGUUUCAUCAAUUGUUACCACUAAUGGUGAUCUUACUUGUUUUUCUCCAACUACUUUGUCUAAGGAGGAUUGUUGGGAAAUUAUCAAGAAAAAACUGAAAACAGAAGUAGAUAAUCGUGAAGAUUUGAAAGCUAUUGGCUUACAGUUGGCAGAGAAGUGUAAAGGUCUUCUUUUGGCUGUUACAGUGAUUGGAGAUGCCUUGCAUCUCAAAUCAGAAGAGGUAGAGUGGGAUGGGCUGCUGAAACUUUGGGACUUGCCCAAACAUAACAACCAAGUCUACCGGGCACUUAAAUUGAGCUACAAUUAUUUGCCAGCAUAUCUGAAAAGAUGCUUCGCUUAUUGCUCUAUAAUAUUCCCCCGAGGUAAACAAAAUUAA